UUUUGAUACAAAUAGAACAAAUGGGAGCUUCAAAAUUUUUUGUAUAUAGCCUGUUAGUCUUACUUUUAUUCGUCGAUCUGUCAGUCCCAGGUUGUGAUCAGUUUAAGUUUGCUUCGAGAGGAGGAAACUGCAAUACUCUCAACCAGCGGCGUUCACCUGCGAGCGUGAACGGCUUUUCCGUGACACCCUCGAACAGGUCUCAAGUCGAUGUUCGAGGGGGUGAGCCUGCGCCCCAGACACUUAGUGACAACUUUAGCCAAAACUCAAGCACCUAUGAUGAGGACAAUGAUGAAUUUCACUUUCUAGUAACCGGCGGCUAUCGUCGCGAAAAUGAUGUACUGGUUAAAUAUUUAGUUUCGGUACAACUUAAUGAAAAUUAUUUAUUCUUUGGCCAGAACCAUCAUUGUGGCGGCAGUUUAAUAUCUAAGACAGUGGUUCUAACAGCAGCCCAUUGUAUGUUUGUUAACCACAAAGCUCUCUCUAAAAAUGAUUUAAUGGUAGUUGCCGGUACACCGCGUCGCUUAUUGAAGACAAGUAACACCCAAGAAAGAAAAGUAAAAAAAAUCAUACCGCAUCCAAAGUACACCACUCAUGACGUACACGAUGAUAUUGGCCUAAUACAUCUUAAAAGCGAGAUGCAACCAGAUGGAAGUUUUGUCGCCAUUAUACCCAUAGCUGACGAGGAUUCCCCUGCUGGAUUGGAGUGCACAGUCAUUGGUUGGGGUGCUAUUUUUGAGGGUGGCCCAAUACCCGACGAGGCAGUCAGAGGCGAUUUGAUUAUCCUUUCAGAUAAGUUUUGCUAUAACUUAAACGGUUUUGAUGAAGGCAUGAUAUGUGCCUCUAACCCGGCGGAUUUCGAAGUGGACGCUUGCCAGGGUGAUUCGGGUGGACCGCUAUUUAGCGAAGGAAAAGUGGUGGGCGUUGUGUCCUAUGGUAACGGUUGUGGGCGAUUGAAUUCCGCCGGCGUUUACGCCGAUGUGUACUACUAUCGCAAGUGGAUAGAGCGUAAUGCAGCAACGUGCUCAUUGCCAUCCUGGUUUCGGCUUCCACUGAUCACGCUGGCAAUGCACGCUCUGCGAGCUCACUGUCUUUAGAACGUGUGCUUGGGAUCUCUUUAGAUGCGAUAUUGAGUUGUACUCUGGCAAAUAUGAAUAUUCUGAGCACACCCUGUUUCUUCAGGAACAAUUUAUAACUUCAGCAUGACUUUCCUUAACAAAGGAAUCCUGUUUCAAAUACAAUUUUACAUGGAUAUUACAAAUAGAAUCAGAUUGACAGAAUUGAGAGAUGUAUUUAUAAUUGACUCCCCAUAAUAAAUUU